ACUGCACAGUAAUUUAUCAUCUCCAGGCGAUUGAAACAUUGACUUGGAUAGAAAAACUGGUCACUUUCUCUUUUGUCUCGAUGUAUUUUUGUAUGGUAUUGUCCAAUUUAUCUAAAAUGUCACAAGUGCAUAAUUACACAGUCAGUGUACACUAUAAUUAUAUAGAAAAUCCACAAAGGUCAAAAACAUCAUGAGCACUGACCGUGUAAUUAUAUGUACAGCUGUAACAAAUAUAUUUUAUACAUUAUCGGACAGUCAAAACAGAAAGUAGAAAUAAAAAAUGUAAGUUUUGCCUGCUGACAACUUUUAUUUGCACCAGUUUAACAAGUAUCCAGGUUAUAAUAUGGCAACAGAUUUCAUGUAUAUUGUUACGUUUGAAAAAAAACGUUUUGGUAUCACUUAAUUUGUUUUUGUUUGAAAUGAUUAUAUUUUUUCUGAUGAAAAUCUUAAGAAUUACCAAAUUUAUUUUCGAAACAACUGAAUUAUCACUCCCCGUAAGUUCUGAACAAUACCGUAACACAAUUUUGUGUCAGAUUUGAGACAAGCUGCAACUCAACUCUGUAAUGUAAAAGAUCAAACCUAAUUCCCGAGGUCAUCAUUUUAGUGGUAGACAUAUCUUAAAUUGACGUGGCUUACUCUCUAAUGUAUCUAUUCACUGACGCAUUUAUUCAAGCCAGAGCUGGAUGACUUUCCAUUUCAAAAGACAAUUAUUUUACAAUAUUAAAUAGUGAUAAAACCGAUAUUUAGCGUACAUAAAAUCAUAUUAUUAGUUAUAUUUGUUAGUCAACAUUCGCAUUGACAUAAUCUAUUUUCAUGUCAUUUUUGUGCAAGAUAUGAGACUGAUAUGCGAGCGCUUCAUUUCAGAUAUUUUUUUGCAAAAAUAGAAAACAUGCUGCUAUUUGAUAGGAUCAACGAAGGAAGACCAAUGUCUCCCCAGUAUGCCGUUUAUGCAAAACGAAUAGAAUCUUUUCAGACUUGGCCAGAAUAUUCACCAGUGAAGAAAGAAAAUCCUGUUGAAGCAGGAUUGGUUGAUACAGGAGCGGGUGACAGUGUGCAGUGUUAUUUUUGUGGCGGCGGACACGGGAACGGGGAGCGAUAUGACAGUCCUGUGGAAGAACAUGCUAAAUGCUAUCCCAAAUGCCCAUACAUACUAUUAUUUAAGGGACAGUCAUAUGUUGAAGAACUUAGUCUUGUGAGAAACCCAGAUGAAUUCUAUCCUUCAGAACAUAUAUACUUUGACAAAUCAUUUAAGAUGGAUAGAGUUGGUUUUGUGAGAAACCUUGUAGAAAGUGUUGCUGCUCAAAGUUGUUUGGAAAUGGAUUUUCCGAAAGAAAAUGUCGAACAGGCGAUUGUCAUUUAUUGUCAAAGAAAGGGUGAUCUCAACUUCAAAGCCAAGGAUUUGUGUGAGAUUUUAUUUGAAAUUGAAGAAAGCCGGGACCAGUGGGCUGAAUUAAUAGAUGAUACACCUACUCCGGUACUGACGAGAGAUUUUGAAGAUGUGGAUAGUCUAGCACAGUUUGACAGUUUGAUAGGAGAGAAUCAUAUGUGCAAGAUGUGCAUGCAUUAUCAAGAGCACCUGACAUUGUUGGCGUAUCAUCAUUUGAUCAGAUGCCCACAGUGUGCCCCAGUGCUUCCCAGUUUACAGAAUUUUCAUAUGUUUCGGUGAUGUCCAUGUUGCAACAUAUUAGAGUAUAUAGGACAUUAUGCGUAACGAGGGUGUAUGGACUUUGUAAAUGUUCAAUUGAAUUGCCAAUUGUGACGGCUUUUACCAAAAUUUAUCUUUGACGCUGGUCGUCAGCUGUGUCAGUCAAAACUAUGUUGGCCGGUUAUAUCUCAUAUGCUUUACCGUUAUCUUCAAAAUAGUACAUACAUUUAUUGAAAUACAGUUAUUUUCUGUUAUUCUGUCACAUCUUGGUUUUGUUUUUGCCAGGCUGUUUCUAAACCAUGUACAAGUAAAAAUGCCCUUUAACUUUAAUUUAUAUAUAAUCUCCCCAUACUUGGA